UGGACGAAGAGGUUAACAAUUGGAUCGACGACGUUGGGAAGUUCAGCUCCGAGAAGGCGAUCGAAAAAGCACGUGGGACGCAACCUGCACGAUGGUGGAGGAAAUGGUGCAGCGAGCUGGCCCAUCUCCAAAGGCAAGCAAUCCGUUUGCUUGGCCAGAGGUCCUCCUCCUCCAACUGUCAAUGAAAUCCACUCCCGCCCACGGAACAAGCAUGAAACAGUCAAGCUCAACACCUUGAUCUACAACAGAUGAACUCAACACCUGUUGAAGAAGUUGACCAAGAAGCCUAAGCCCGGCGAGGAUGACCUUUUGUGGGAGGAGGAUUUGAACCUCGAGAAGAAGGAGGUCGUUGCGGAUGCUACGAUGCGCGUGGAGGAAUGGCGCUCGCGUGUUCGCGAGUUGAAUGAGGGGCGGGAGGGCAAUGGCGAUGAUGAUGAUGAUGGGGAGGAUGAGGAGGAGGAUGUUGUCGAAGAGGAGGAGGAGAGAGACAAAGGUGAGGGACAAAUGGUGCGCACAAGGAUUCAGAGCAAUCUCUUGGAGCUUGAGAGAGAGCUCAACGAGUCAUGGCGGAAAUCGACGAAGGCGUCGAAGUACUUGGCUCGGCUGCAUUUAGGGAAGUUGCAGCAAGCCAUGAAGACCAUGAGCGAUUCACAUGCCGAGAAAUUUCUGGCUUCCCGUCUGAAGGUAUCUGCGUUGGCACCAAAACCCGUCAAACGUAGACCGGGAAGAUCGUGGAAGGUCGUGGAGGAACCUGCUGCAAUGGAUGAGAGUGGCGAGGGGAAGGAGAAUGCUGAGGAGGGGGGGGGCGAUGAUUAUCAAGCACAACCUGCUGCAUUGGCUACCAAACCGGCUAAACGACCACCGGGUAGAUCACGAAAGGCCAUGGAGGAGACCGCUGCAGCGGAGGGAAGUGGUGGGGCGGAUGAGAAUGCAGCGGAGGAGGAAGACUGCGAUUCUCAUGAACAACCUCUUCAUUGCGGAAAGCGACGCAAGCAAUCACACUAAGAAGGGAGAGUGGGGGCUGGAGCCUGUGUGCAGCAGUGUGUUAAACUGGUAGAUCUGUUUCUCAAAUGUCUGAUUGAGAAAGUUUGUUGAACUUAUGUGUAAUGCAAAGUGGCGGGGGGGAGGGGAAUGCCGAGGAAGGGGGGGGGGGGGGGGGGGGGGGGGGGGGGGGGGGGGGGGGGGGGGGGGGGGGGGGGGGGAUGAUUCCCACAUAGCAGGUUUUAGUUUUUUUUUUUUUUUCCCUUUUAAUUCGGACAUCCGGACCGGGACAUGUAACUGGACUAUCUGGGUCCGCAUGUCUGGAUAAUCGGACGUCCGGAUAAAACCGGAUACAAGUC